UACAAGUUACAAACAGUAAGUACUUAUUACUAGACCCCAUUGCUCGUAUCACCGCCUCAACUGACUUUGGCUGACUCGAUAUUGUCUUUCUAUUUUUCAUCUUGGGCUUUUUUUUUUUUUUUUAAUUUCUCUCUCUUGACAUGCAAACUGGGUCCAUCUCUGUCGUCUCUUAGUUGCAAUGUACGUGUGUGUAUAUAUAUAAAUCUCUCACCAUCUGUAUUUCACGACAAGUUGUGACUGCAGCCUGCAGGUGCUGACUGGUAUUUCGCCAUUUUAUUAGCCUAUAAAACUAACAGACAACACUUCUUCUCAACCCCUCUCGUACCGUUCAUCAGCUCUCUCUUUUUCUCAGUGAUCUCUUGUUCAAAAACUAUAUUAUUGCAAACUAUCUCUUCUUUACUAAUUGAGUUCGUACUCUUAUCUAUCUCUGCUACUCACUUUUUAACUACAAAUUCACCGUCCCCACUUACAUCUCCAACCAAAUUUACCCUCAUUCGUCUUCAUAUAUAGUUUGUCAUCCGAUCUGUGGCGUUAUAGAGGCAAUCCCAAUUAACAGAAAACUGAGUGAAGGAGAAGAAGAAGAAGAAGUUGAGAAAUGAUGCAUAGGUGCUGUAGCUCUCAAGGGAAUAUGAUGGGUCAAUGUACAUGUGGUCUGUUUCAUAGCCAAAGCAACUCUUUCACCAUGCUCUUUUCCAUGCCAAACCACAACAAUUCUUUCGAUGAAGCAGACAUGUAUCCUUUUGCCUCUUCUUCAUCUUCAGUUGAUUGUACUCUCUCUUUAGGAACCCCAUCCACUCGUUUAAGUGAAGAUGAUGACAAAAGAAGCCGCCAUGAACGCCGCCCUAGUUCUUGCAUGUCAAACUUCUGCUGGGAUAUUCUGCAAACCAAUAAAACUGCUCCUUAUGCUUCCCAUGCCCAUAAAGGUAGCCGUGGAAGCAAUUCUAGUGCAAACAGUAACUCCACCAAUAAUGAUCCUCUACUCGCUCGCCGCUGCGCCAAUUGUGACACCACUUCAACUCCGCUUUGGAGAAACGGCCCAAGAGGCCCCAAGUCACUGUGCAAUGCAUGUGGAAUUCGGUUCAAGAAAGAAGAGAGAAGAGCCACAGCUGCAAAUGCAAUCAGCAACAACAAUGCAAGUGCAUCAUCACCAGGAACAAUGGACCAGCACUACGCUUAUCAAAACAAUUCAUGGGUUCAAACCCAGAAAAUGCCAUGCUACUCUCCGGCCAAUGAAUUCAGGUUCAUAGAAGACAGCGAUCGAGAUUCUGAUACGAGCAUUCCUUUCGUUUCUUGGAGACUCAACGUCGCAGACAGGCCAAGCCUUGUCCAUGACUUUACGAGAUAAAAAAAGAAUUGAAAGGAAAAAAAACAAAAAAAAAAAAAGUGAAAGGAAAUCAAAAGAAAAGCAAGAACAAAAACGAGAAAAGAACGGUCAAGAUCAUGAAAAAUGUAGUGACGACUAAAACUUGAAACGAUGAUGAUGUUGAAGCUGUUCCUGAUGGUGAUGGACCUGAUGUUUAUGGUCUAGUCUCGUAAAAUUCAAUUUUCUUUUUAUCUUUAUUGCUUGUUGAAAUUUUCUUCUUUGUUUGGUUUGUUUCCUUACUUUUAUUUUUCUCCAUCGUUCAUGGAUGGAGUGAAAACGGGAUAAUUCUAUGUUGUUAGUUUGUUUUUUAUUUAAUCAGGUUUCUUAAAC